AUGGCCGGGCCUGCUAUCAGGAGUGGGGAAGAAUCCCCUCUUGCCGCUUCUGUGAUGCGUGUCUUGAACCUCAAAGAACAGCGACCCAGCAUAGAGCAAUUUUUCCGAUGGGCCGCCUUCAUCAGACGCGACACACCCAGUGGACAUCUUCCCCAAUCGCCAAUCAAGGACAUUGGGUGUGUUCGUAGUGUACAUUUGUUUCGCGAAAGGAAGAUGCCAUUACAUCACGAGUUCGCUCUGGUGUCCUUUGUGAACCGUCUUGGACAAUACAGCUGGGUGCGGCUGGAACGUGCUGCGCGAAUUAAACACCGUUGGCUUCAAGCGGAUAGCUUCGGGCCCAUACUCGCAGGAGCAGCGCUGCGGGAGACAGUUACUUUCGGAGUCUGGGAAGAACAGCUUCUUUCUAUCGACUCUCCAGCGGACGAAGUGGCGGCCGUACGGAUGAACGAAACCCUACCCUCUGAACCUUUACACGAGUUGUUCAUCGAUGAUUUCGUUGAACAUCUUCAGACUAUUUCGAAGGCGAAGCCUGAGUAUCAAUUGUUCUCAGCUAAUUGUCGCUGGUUUGCCAGGCGCAUCGUCUUGAGUGUUGCACAACGACUUCAAAGUUUUGGUAGCCCAGCCAAGUACGGAUUCAUGUGGAAAAGCGGUCCAGCUACAUAUAAUCGCCUUUUCGAUAAGAUUCAGCGCGACCCGUUUGGGGGAAAGCAGCUCGAGAAGAGUGAAGGACAAAUCAUCAAGGCACAAAGCCUCGUCCGCCUAGCUGCCAAUCAGCGAGAUGACUCAAGAUAUUCAGAGGCCCUUGCUUCUUGUGACGAGGGACUUUGGGUUUUACACGCCAUGUCAACGGAUUCAAUCUCUCGACAAACUACCCUCAUACGUGCAUUUUCUGAGAGGUACCGGAUUAAACGAGACAUGGGUUCACAUGACGAUGCGCUCUUCGCUAUUCGCCAAGCUUGCGCCAUUAUCAGAGUAGUCUGCAAGGACGAACACCACGCCGGUGAUCUUGCAGUGCUAUUGAGAAAUGCCUUGUUUAACCUUUCUCAAGCCACACGACAGUCAGAGGAAUCACAAGCGAAGAUCCAAGGCGCAUUGGAAGCGUACGAAAUAUGGGAGGAGCUGUACCACUUUAAUCCAUCACUUCAUCGCGAAUCAUUUGUCUCCGCGCUCUUUACUAUUUCAGAAGCAUACGAAGGGGCGGGAAAUGAAGCAGAAGCAAUCCGUUACAGUCACCAGGCUGUUCGAAUUCGGCGGAAGGCAUGCUUGGACAGUGGAAGGGUGGACUUCCUUCCCCUGAAUGUAGCACUAAACGAACACGCCGAGAUUUUGAAUCGUUUAGGCCGAACGGCAGCAGCAUACGAAUGUAUGAAAGAACGAGUACUGCUUCAACGCACAACGUUGCGUGCCUUUGUCCCACUCCCUAUCCCAACAGGAGCACCAUCAACAUACAAUACCAGUCGUCGAAAAGGCAUCCUCAGUGGGCUCGGCGAUGCGCUAAUUGACCAAGGAAAAUUUGCGCUAGGUCUCUCCUUGUGGGAGGAAGCGCACCUGGCGUCGAAGGAGUCCCUGACGAUUUUCGAUGAUCUGCGUGCUUCUCAGCCUGAAGUCUUGGGAUCAAGUCCGCCCUUGUACGCACAAUCACUAAACGAUGCACUGACGUCAAACGCAUGGGCUCUUUUUGGCCGUGCAACUGGGGGUGUCGAGAUUGGAUCCCCUACGGAGCUGCUUCAUGAGGGGAUCAAAGUUGCCUUAAGAGCAAUGAGUCUUGGUCGUGAGAACUACAAACAACGGCCCACCCCAUUCCGAUUUUAUGGCAGGGUCACCGUGCUAGGAAUACUCGCCGGCUGCAUAGCAUCCAUGGACGUCGAGUGUAUGGUGACCGAAGUUGUAAGGCUCACGGAGCGCUCAGUUGGAGAGGCGAUGGUAGAGUGGCGCGAGCUUCGAGCGUUAGAAUCGAACAUUGACGAAGAUGCGCAUCCGCAAUAUCCUCACUCUCCAUGGACGCUUUCCAGGGCCGCAAGAGAUAUAUUGUCUUAUGAAACAGGAUGCAAGAAGAGGAAUGGCUCGUUGCAAUGCUCAGCCUCGAUCCCUAUACCAAAAGCUAAUAUUCAAUCACAUUAA